AUGACUGAAAUAAUUGUGAGAUUAAAAUGUGAAAUUGGAUUGUAUCGCUUAGAAAUAGAUAAAAAUAAAAAAUUAAUUGAUUUAAAAAAGAAAAUAGAAGAAAUUUUAAAUGUACCAUCUGAAAAACAGCAAUUAUAUUUAGAUGAAAAACCAAAUGUACUUUUAAAUAAUGAUUUUUCUAUUUUAUCUGAAUGUAGUAUACAUAAUGGAAGUAUGAUCUUGUUAAAAAGUGAAAUAAAGCCAAAUAAAAAAAGUAAUAAUAAUAAAGAUGGAGCAAAUAUAUCAAAUAAAGAAAAAGAUAAUUCUGAUUAUAAUGAAAUAAGAAAAAAAGAAGCACAAAAAGAAGUAGUUAGUAAAGGAAAAGAUAAAGAUGAUAAAUCAGAUAAUAAAAAUGAAUCAAAAUCUAAUUUUAAAUCAUUUGAUUAUUUUUUAAAAUUAAGAGGAUAUAAUACAACAGACUUACCAUUAAAUUUAACUUAUAAAUCAAUUUAUUUAACAAAAGGAAAAUUUAUAAAAAUUCCUUUAAGUAUAACAUUAAAACAUCAGGAGUAUAGACACGUUGAUCAUUUAGAAUUAAUGAAUGUGGAGGAAAUUAAAGAUUUUGUCCACUAUUGGUGUUAUAAUAAUAAUAUGAUUGAACAAAGAGCUGGAUGGAUGUAUGGGUAUUAUAAAGAAGAUUCUCAUUAUAAUUUAGGGAUAAGAGCAGUAUGUGAAUGUAUAUAUGAACCUCCACAAAUCAAUGAAAACAAUCAAGUUAAGUUUUUACCUGAUGAAUUUUUAGAAUCUGUUGAUUUAAUUGCAGAAAGAUUAGGUUUAGAAAGAAUUGGAUGGAUUUUUACUCAUUUACCUAGAAAAGAGUAUUUAACAUCAGAUGAAGUCGUACAUAUAGCUAAGUUGCAAUUAGCUAAUAUGAAAAAAAACAUGCAUUAUACUAAUUAUAGUGUAUCUAAUUUUAUUACUUGUACUAUAUCUCCUGAUCCUUUAUUGAGUAAUGAACCUGUAACAAAUGCAUUUAUGGUUUCCGAUUUAGGAAUGGCAUUAAUAAGAGAUAAUUUUAUUGAAGAAAAUCAAAUGGAUCCAUCUCAUAUACAUCUUAGAAAUCCUAAUAAAAAUGAAUUAUUACCACAAAUUCUAGAAAGUGGUAAAGAAACAAAUAAAUUCGAUACGGAUUGGUUUAUUGUUCGUGUAAAUGAAUCUGCACCUAAAGUAGUCCGAUCUAUUUUUAGAAAUUUUCAUUUUCCAAGGGAGAAUAGAGUUAAUUUACAGACAGCUAAUGAUAUAAAAGAAUAUUUUACUAGUAAGAAAUUAGAUAGAGGAAAUAAUGGUAAUUUUAAAUGUUCUGACUUUCAUUUAAUUUUGUUUGUUUCAAAAGUAUUAGAUAUAGAAACAGCACUUGCAUUAUGUGAUGCAACUUUAGGUAAAAAAGAAAUUGACCCAAUAAUGGAAGAGGUUCUUACUUCUAUCAAAAUUUGA